AUGGAUGCGGACCGGAAGCUGUACCUGUCCAACCUGCCUCAAGACAUUGCCGAGGAGGAGCUCAGGGAGGUUUUCGGCGUCUACGGCUCAAUAGAAGAGGUGAUUGUCCUUGGUGCAAGAGCUGCAGAUAGGACAGACCGCACCGGGUUCGUCAAGUUUGUUGACAAGGAAGAUGCGGCAGCCGCUCUGGCUGUGCUCAAUGACAUGUACCAGUUCCGCGAGGACUCUGCUGAAACCGUGCGAGUCAGCUGGGCCAGGCCCCACCGCGAUGACAAGGGGCACAAAGGACAUGGUCAUAGUUAUGGGCAUUCAGCAGGCCAGCCAGCUGGCAAGGGCCCGAGUCUAGCACUUCCUGCGCCGCCAAGCGGAGGGCCACCGCCACCCCCGCCUGCAGCACCUCCACCCCCACCAUCACCUGCUCAGAAAGGUGGCGGUGGAGGUGGAUUCAAAGGUCAUGGCCAUGGCGAGAAGCUUUGGGUUGGCAACCUUCCUGGUGACAUCACUGAGGCUGACAUGUUCAAGGCAUUCGGCCAGUUUGGCAGCGUUGAUGAGGUGAACAUCCUGCCAGCUAGGUCCAGGAGUGGUCAGCUCUGUGCCUUUGUUCGCUAUGCCUCUGCUGCUGAGGCUGAAGCAUGCAUUGCUGGCAUGAUCGCUUUCAAGUUCCGGCCAAGUGAUGCAGAAGAGAUCAAAAUAGAGCGACCCUCUGAUCGGCGGAAGGGAGGCAAAGGUGGUUGGGGCCAUGGCGGUUGUGGCGGCUGCGCAGGCUGCGGAGGCUGUGGCGCCUGUGGCUGUGGAGGCUGCGGAGCUUGUGGUGGGUGCGCAGGGUGCGCAGGGUGUGGAGGGUGCGGAGGAUGUGGAGGAUGCGGAGGUUGCGCUGGCUUUGUUGGCUGUGGCGGCUGCCAUGGCUACCCCGGCGCUUGUGGCUGUGCUUGCGGCGGUGCUUGCGGCGGUUGCGGCUGUGAUGGCCAGUGGGGCCAGGGCUGCGCAGGAGGUUGUGGCCAGCGGUAUCAGCCAUACUGA